UCAUUAAGCCUAGGGAGAUUUUCCGUUCCGUUACGGCCCUGGUUUCUUACUGACGCAACUUAACCUAGAACGUGCGUCUCUAAUGCGUAUGUAAUAUCGUAAAUAAGUUGCCAAAAGUUGAUCUUGCGGUUAGCCUAUUGGAGAGCAGGAAAGCUGACAAAAUAUCUAAGAGGUUGGGCGGACUGUUCCAAAUUUGGUUCCGAAAACAGGUGUGAUUACUCAUUAGUUUCUUGUCCUCUUUGCUAUAAACUAGGUAUGCCUUAACAGUAUAUCAACGAUUUCGUGCACUAACAAUUUUAUUUAUUUUUUUCUUAAUGGGCUCAUCGCAUUCAGGAGAAUCACGAAAAACGUCAAACAUGGACAGAAAUCCAAAUUCACAAAAUCAAAAUACAGGGCAAGACAGUGCAGGCAGUAACGCGCGGCCUUUAUCAAUAGAAGCGCCUAGAACAAACCAGAACCCUAAUAAUGUUGAAAUACUGCCCAAUCAACCAAGACAACCUAGGAAUCUGCAGGGUUUGUUGAGAUUUGCUGCAGAAGCAACAAAAGCUGAAGAUGCUCCAAGUGAUUCCAGGUUUUGUCCCAUGGAUGAGGAGCGGAAAAACUUUCUUAAUGAAGCACUGUCUUCGAUGGCAGUUAAUGUAAUUGAAGAAUUGCAAAAAGAUGUAAAAUUAUUACAUAAUGUAAUGGAUGUAAGAGUAGAAGAUGAUCCCUCACAGUACGAGGCUGCGCUAGACAGAAUUGCAGAUCUUGCCGACAGCAUGGAUGUGGCAAACGACUUUUACAAAAUUGGAGGCUUCUCUGUUUUUGGACCUUGUUUGAAUUCUCCACAUAGUGGUAUUCGCUGGAGAGUGGCUAAUGUCAUAGCUGAAUUAACACAAAAUAAUCCAUUCUGUCAAGAAAAAGUUCUGGAAGCUGGUUUUAUGCCUAUACUACUAAGUAUGGUGGACACCGAUCCUUCUGAUAUGGCAAGAAUCAAAGCACUUUAUGCGGUUUCAUGUAUUGUCAGAGGCCAUGCUCUUGCAUUGAGGUAUAUGGAAAUAAAUGACGGUUACUCCGUUUUGAUGAGAGCUAUACAAAGCCCAGUGGAAAAGUUGCAGAUUAAAUCUGCAUUUUUAUUGUCAGCUUUAUGCAACAAAGACAAAGGAAACGAUUUGAAAUUAACAUUAAUAAAAAUGGGAUUGAUUGAACAAGCUGCUGGCUUGCUUGCAAUGGGAAGUUUACUUCCAGAGACAAGGGAACAACUCCUCAGUGUACUUAAUGGACUAACAAAUGACAAUUAUUUCCCUGCUCUGAAAGAAUGCAGACGUCCUGAACUAUGUUUAAAACAAACUUUGGAAAGACAUUUGAAAGAAUCAAAAGAAGAAGAGAGUAUAGACAGAGAAGAUAUAUGUAAAGAACUUUUAGAUAAAAUUUUUGCUGACCAAGAUGCAGAGCAAGAACGAUAGAUUAUAAUGCAAAGCUACCUGAAAUAAUAUGAUUAAAUACUACUAAUGCUCGAUAAAAACUCAAUUAAUUUUGAUUAAUUUUGGUUUUAGAACUCAUCUACAUACUACUAAAUUUAUAUCCAAGGAAUUGGAUUUGGUUAGAACCACUGCCAAUUCCCGCAUGAGCUCAUUGUAAAUUAUUGUUAGUAGUUAUAUUUAUUGUGAUUUAACAUCUCAUACACGAUAAAUUUUCACACAAACAAGAUUAAAACGAAACAUAUAAUUGUAUUUUAUCGUUUAUGUAAAUAAUAAUGGAUAAAUAUUGCGGCUAUAUUAACUAUAUCUAUAUAUAUUGACCAUUAUAAAAAAAUAUUACAUUUUUAUGAAUAAUUAAUUAUUAAAUGAAAAUAUUCCAAUACUAAAA